UCUAUCUGUAAGGUGAUUCAACCGUCACUGGAUUUAGUUUUAAGUCGGAAGAAUUCCUCAAUUUCCAUUAAAAAAACCAUACAUUUAUUUUGUGUGGGAAAUGGUCCAUAUUUGUCCUAGUCUUAAUGUCCCCUCUGCUCAGAAUCAGCGCAGAGUCGGGGUGUUCUAGACAGCCCCAGAGCCUUAGGUGGAAAAUCCACGUUACCAUGGCGGUGACUAGGCUACAUUGGGCGACCACUGAUUAAUUAUUCACGCUGGGUGGAACCAGAACGUAGUUACGUCGUCACGUCUCCCGCUGGUGUGACGUCGUACCUGUCCGCAAACCAUUACAUCAUCCCUCACGCGCGGACCCAACGUCACCCGCCCCCACCUCCGCAACGUCAUCGUGGUAACGUCCUCUCGUGGACGCCCAUUUGGUCGCAUUGCGUCACUCGCGCCUCGGGGAAGCGUUGUAUGGCGUCAUCGCGCGCGAGCCGUUUAAGUUAUUUGACGUUACCAGACCGCCCCUCACCCCCCGUGCGCGUGACCCCGCCCCUCCAGUGACCCCGUGACCCCCCCCACCCCUCCCCACCAGCUCGUCGCUUCCUGCUCAAGCGCCAACGGCGACCGAACGCCUCCUCACACCAACCUCGUCGUCGUCAUCGUCGUCGUCAUCAAACCUCUUCAUCCUCCUGCUUAGCCACGACAACAACGACGACAACAACGACGACAAACUCCGCCGAGGCGCCUCACGCGCAGCGCCGCUCGUGCCGCGAGCGGCGACUCCCAGCAGCGACUCCCGGAGAGCGAGACGCGGGGCGAGGAGACCGGCCCCGGGCCUCCUCCCACCCGCCAGCCAUGGCGAACCAGCCGGUGCUGCUCAACGUGUACGACAUGUACUGGAUCAACGAGUACACGGCGUCCCUGGGCAUCGGGGUCUUCCACUCGGGCGUCGAGGUGUACGGCCGCGAGUUCGCGUACGGGGGCCACCCGUACCCUUUCUCGGGCGUCUUCGAGAUCUCGCCGGGCGACGCGGGCGAGCUGGGCGACGCGUUCCGCUUCAAGGAGGCCAUCGUGCUGGGCACCACGGACUUCGCGGAGGGCGACGUGGAGAGCAUCGUGGAGGAGCUGGGCCGGGAGUUCCGCGGGGACGCCUACCACCUGAUGCGCAAGAACUGUAACCACUUCUCGAGCGCCGUCAGCGAGGUGCUGUGCGGCCGCGAGAUCCCGCGCUGGGUCAACCGCCUCGCCUACGUCAGCUCGUGCAUCCCCUUCCUGCAGAGCUGCCUGCCCCGUGAGUGGCUCACGCCCGCCGCCCUCCAGAGCAGCGUCGUGGCGGCCCAGGGCGGCGCAGGGGCGGCAGCGGGCGGGCAGCAGCAGCAGGGAGGGGCCGACGCGGGCGGUGCCGAAGACGCGGAGGCUGGGGGCGGGCGGUCGGGCCGGCACACGCGCGUGUGAGACGGUGGUGCCAGUCGGUGGUGCCAGUCGGUGGUGGUGGUGGUGGUGCUCCG